GCGCGUGUCGUGAUUCUUCUCCUCUUUAGAGAAACCGACGGCCGACGAUGGUCCCUCGUAAUGGAGGAUCGCCACCUCCUCCAGUCUCGGCACCGCCGCUGCAGACCCCAACGAGACCAGCCCGAGUAGCCGCAGCCGCCAGCUGUGGUCCGCGAUGGUGCGUGAGGAGGGGGCGGACGGGGAGCUGCAUCAGCACAGGUGCCUGGGCGGCCUAGUCGUCGGCAGCUACUGCCACGACGUCCUCUUUCGCGACGGCGUCCCCGUCGGCGAGACCCUCGGCGGCGCCGCCGCCUUUGUCUCCAACGUCCUCGACGGCCUCACCCCAUCCCCUCCUCUCUACGUCGCCAAGGUCGGCGCCGACUUCGCCUACGCCGCCUCCCACUUGCCCCUCCUCGCCGCCCCCUCCGCACCCACCACCCUCUUUCACGCCCACUUUCCACCCGCCUCCGCCGUCGGAAGGUACCACGGAGAUCGUGUUCUUCGGCGUCUCCGAACGUGCGACCCGAUCUACGCCUCCGACCUCCCCGACGACGCCCGGUUCGACUUCGGCCUUGCGGUCGGCGUCGCGGGGGAGAUCCUUCCAGAGACCCUCGCCCGCAUGAUCGACCUCUGCCGUGUCGUCCUCGUCGACGCCCAGGGGAUGAUCCGGUCCUUCGACCCGAUCGAUGGCACCGUCGGGCUCCUGCCGCUCAGGAGCUCCGGAUUCUUCCACCUCCUCCCGCGAAUUGGGUUCCUCAAAGCCUCCGCGGAGGAGGCGCCCUUCGUGGACGUCGAGGAGGCGCGGAAGUGGUGCUGCGUCAUCGUGACCCAUGGGAAGGACGGGUGCCGAGUCUACUGGAAGGACGGGGAGCUUCGCGUAUCCCCGUUCCUAGCAGAGGAGGUCGAUCCCACGGGCGCAGGUGAUGGUUUCUUGGGUGGGUUUGUCGCUGGGUUGAUUUGGGGGCUGGCGGUGUCGGAUGCGGCGCUCCUAGGGAACUUUUUUGGUUCGCUCACUGUUACGCAGAUUGGGGUUCCCAAAUUUGACCAGAGGAUGUUGCAGGUUACUUCUUCCUCUGCAAGCUGCUGGCUUUGAAGUGCUUAUACCGUGUAUCAUUACUUGGUGGAUUCAGAUUGAAAGUCCAGUUUUACUAAUCUUGUCUCAACGUUAAUAAUAUAUGAAGCAGAUGGUGGGUAAUCAGAUAAAUUAGAGACAAUGUAGUGUGUUUCCUUGAAGAACAAGCAUAGAAGGUGCAACGAAGGUCAUAAAUUGCUUUUGAUCAUUUUGGAUUUCAUCUUUCUCUCAGUAUUUAGACUAUAGAUGCUACCCAUCUAUCUUAUUUACGUUUAGGAUAGUUUUUGCAGUUGUUGGUUCUUGGUAGGUCCAUUGGAAUGACUUUGGUACAUAAUAUCAAAAUGGCUACCUUUUAUGGCAAGGUUGAAUCUUGAAAUGACUUUGGUACAUAACUUCUACAUGACUUCAAGAUGGACACUUUUAAAGCAUGUCCUAAUCGUUGUAUGGAGAGUUGAUUUGCACUUUGCUUGGUGAAAACUAAGCAUUCAGAAUGCACCCAAUUCAUCUCUUAAGCUGAAUAACAGAUAUUAAGAUUACUUUGUAAGUUCUGUAUCCAAACCUGUUAAAUGCUUGCAUAACAGAAAUUGAAUAAUCGUGUUUCCUAUCAAAUUUCACAAAGUGCAAGACCGGAAUGAUUUACCUUAAUGUAGAGUCUUAGAUUCUAGAUGUGAAUUUGACAAAUUUAAGGCAUAUUAUGGUGAUCAUAACAAUUUCCAAAUAUAUUAUAUGUUUACAGGAGUUGAGAAUUGCUGGGAAAAUCGGGAUUGUGAAGAUUAUAAAAGGAAUAAGUUAAUAGAUCAACCUACAGGCCACAACCAUCAGGUUGCAAUAAAUCAAUCCAAACAGAGCAACUGUUUGAUCAAUCAGCUUGGUUAUCAUGUUUAAGAUUGUAAUCAUACACUGAUUGGUAAUUCAUCACUUCAUAUGUUAUUAUCAUAUGAUUUUCAUCAUUUCAAGAGCCAUUGGAUUAGUGGUCACUUUUGUUCCCUAAUUUCUUCCAUCCCAUGGCCAUUCUUGCAAAAGAAUUUGCGGUAUUAAUUGGCAUACUUUUGUGAAUGUAGAGUCCUUACAGGUGCUGGUAUCCCUUGACUGUACAUCUUUGGCUCUAUUCAUAAGUCAUCAGUUGUGAGAGCGAUUCUUAAGUUUGAGUGAUUUUUCAUAGCGUUAAGAUCUUUACCCUAGAACAUGCCAAGUUUGCUUUAGAUAUUGUAUGGAAGGUCUAUUCUAUACUGAUGGAGUGCCAGAGGACUAUAGCGGUGUCGAUGUUUAAACUUCAUAGGUUCACCUGUGAAUAAAAUUUGGUUGGGUGGUUUGAUAUCCUUAUGAAGAGGCAUUAAGAAGUCAUGUAGGGCAUGCAUAUCAAAGCACUAUAAACACUAUUGUUUCUUUGGUCUCUCUCUCUCUCUCUCUCUCUCUCUCUCUCUGGUCUAUAAACACUAUUGUUUGAUAUCCUUGACUAUUUUCUCACUUGAAUAUCAAUUUAUGCUUUUAGGUUGGUCUGUUUAUUGUUGCUCCAAUUAUAAAUGUUGUGUGUUGUGAUAUGAAAUUAUCUUGAUCAUUCUUUUUUCUCCUUUAUUUUGUUUACUUGAAUUUGUGCUGCUUAGCUUGUUAAUUUAUGUUGCUAGAGUUGAGUUGUAUGGCUAAACCUGCAUUGUUUUUAUUCAAUCUAAUCCCCUGCUCCCUCUUAGGUUCUUCUAACCUGACCAACUAUAAAAUGUUUGAGGCUGUUGUCUCAUAGUAGAUGUCGUUCUUUUAUAGUUAUCCUCCAUUUUUUUAGGCCUUUGCAUAUUGUAAGCUUUUCUUAUCUCAAAUAUAUUCUAAAUGAUAUUAGUAAAAGAUGUGGGACUUUUGAGAUGUCUUUCAGAAAUUGAGAUUUAUAUGUCACUAAUUUCAUGUUCCAGAAUUUGACAUUUUAUACUCUCUAACUGAAAAAGAAAAUGUUAGUUGGUGUUCUUCGUGAUGAUUGAAGUAAUGAAUGUGUCGUUAUGGGAUAUAUAAAAGAACUAAGGUGUUCUUUUUUCAGUAUUUGUGUUAGUGAAAUGCCAAGCAUUUGUAGAUGCAGACAUUUGUUCAAGCGAUACAACACCUUGACAUAUGCAACUUUGUUUGUGAACUUAGUUAAUUUUGUUAGUCAUUCUUCGAUGAGCAAUGUUGGAUCUAGAUCUACUAGACAGAUAGUCAACAAACUUAUGUGCACCUGUUGCAGAAAAUGUUUGGUUAUAUGACCUGAUUAUGGAGUUGUUUCUUCAGAUAUUAUGGUUCCGUGUAAACCAAUUUUUUUUUACAAUCAUUUGAAGCUUGAUCUAAUAUGCUAAAUGCUCUCUCGAUUUAAAUUUCAGUAUGAAUCAGACAUCUGACUGACUUUUACUAUUUUAAGCAAAGUCAACUAGCGUUUGGUCUUCUUAUCAUUGUCAUCGUCAUUGAUUCAAGAUAAUUAUGUAUUUUUUUAGUUUUUGUUACAAAGCCUUUUUCUCAUUUGUUUUUG